GACCAUCAACGACGCGCGAAGGAAGGAGGGAGAAAUGAUGUGCACAUGAAGCGUAAAUUAAUGUUGCGACGAGGUUCGUCAGUCGAUUGUCGAUCUAUCCCUCGAAAUCGAGUCACGAGGAAUCCGUGAAAGAUCCUUGCUAAGGACUAUUCCUGAGAUCCGCUUCAGCUUAUCACGACAAUCUUAGCAGUGACUAUGGGCACAUCGCCACUUUCUUAUGUCUCAAUUGCCGCCGGCGUUGUGGGCGUCGUCGCGGCGGUUUACUUAUUUUGGAGGUGGUGGAACAGAAGACAAAGCCUUAGCCACCGUCAAAAUGACGAAAAGUCGGAGAAUUCAGCGGCAUGAUUGUGUACAUGGACAAAUCACUCGGUCCAGGUUGCAUGACAGAGAUGGAAUGCACGAUAUUGGGACUGAAGUCCGGUUGGUUGAAAGAUCGAAUGUUGCUCAUCAUCGAUCUCGAAGGACGAUUUUUCACUACCAGACUACAGCCUAAAAUUUCAAGACUAAAAAUUUAUUCAGUGCACAGUUUAAUGAACAUUAAAAGAUAUAUAUAAUUACACAAAAAAUAUUAGUACGAUAAUACAACUAUCGAAAAGACUCAUUUUUAAUUAGUUGUGUUUUUACGUAUUGAUUUAUGUUCUUCUGUUAUUAAAAUAAUAAAUUUAUCUAUAUUAACUAGUCAAGAUACAAAUAAUAAAUUAGCCUCCGACUGAGGUAAUCAGUGUUCAAUCAAGGUCGCCAUUAUCGCAUUUUAUUUCCGAUAAUUCGAAGCGCCUGAUCGUGGAAGAUCGGCGCAUGUGCCACCCACGCCCGUGGAAAGCCACCUUUCAAUUCUGGACAAGGCGACGGUCUCGGCAUACUACAUCGAUGCCCUCUGCCUCGCAUAUGUCGACGCGUCGACGACGUCUGUGUAACUAUAAUGGUGGAAGGAGAUAGCAGAAUGUAAUGCGAAUAGCUAACGGUGUCUACGACGGAGGGGAAGAAAUGAUCGUGUACACGUGAAGCGCGAAUCAGUGCUGCGAAGGCUGCGAGGAGACGAGGUUCGUCAGUUGAUUGUCGACCGAUCCCUCAGGAUCGAAUCACAAAGAAUCCGUGAAGAAUUUUUGUUGAAGAUUGCUCCUGAAAUCCGCAGAGUUGCUCCAGCUUAUCGUGCCAUUCUUAGCGGUAACCAUGGACAGAACGCGACUUACUUAUGUCACAACUGCCGCCGUGGGCGUCGGCACGGCAGUUUUCUUCAUCUGGUGGUGGUGGAACAGAAAACAAAAGCCUCAACCACCGACGAAGUGGCGAAAGGUCGGAGAACUGAGCGACAUGAUCGUGUACCCGGUCAAAUCACUCGGCCCAGUUCGCAUGACAGAGAUGGAGUGCACGAUAUUGGGAUUGAAGUCCGGUUGGUUGAGAGAUCGAACGUUGCUCGUCAUUGAUCUCGAAGGAAGAUUUCUUACUGCCAGACAGCACCCUAAAAUGAUUAAUGUAUCACCUAGUAUUUCCGGUUCUGUUCUUACGCUUCGCGCUCCAGGCAUGAUGUCGAUGUCGGUGGAUCUUGCGCAACUCCGCGGUAAAGGUUUUCGAGUUGCUGUAUGGGGCCAAGCGGUACCGGCACGCGAUUGUGGAGAGGAAGUUGCCCGAUGGCUGUCACGCUUCAUCCUUCAGGAGGAUACCGGCCUUAGACUCGUCUAUUAUCCAUUAGAUCGACCUGUGAAAUCAGUGAGACAGAGAAAUCAUAAUGUCUUUCCUUUGGAAAAGCCAGAGGACUUGGGAGCCUAUCCAGAUGAAACAUCUUACAGUUUGAUGAACACAGCUUCAUUAGCAGAGCUUAAUAGUCGAUUGGAUGAAUCAAUCACGCCGCAGCAAUUUCGUAUGAAUUUCGUGGUCAAGGGUGCUACUGCUUACGAAGAAGAUAAAUGGGAUUGGGUAAAGAUUGGGAAUGUGAUUAUGAGAAAUGUUAGGCCCUGCACAAGAUGUAUUAUGACUACGAUAGAUCCAGAAACCGGCACGAAACAUCCUAAUACAGAGCCUCUGAAGACUUUGAAAAGUUACAGACAGGUAACCGAUCCGCAGAUUCGACCCGCGAUUGGUGACAGUCCAGUUAUGGGAAUUCAUCUUGGAUUACGAGGACCAGGUGGGAUAGUUCGCUUGGGUGAUCCAAUUUAUGUGGGUAUCCCGGAAGAGGAAACAUCACCGUCUUUAGUUUCACCGUCAUAGCUAUACCGUUGGGACUCCUGCGAGAUUUCAGAACAUGAACUCGAUACGGAGUCAAUAAUUGAAGAAUUGGUCAAGGACCAAAAAACGGAGUGUGAAGAGCAGAAUCCAGAAUCAAUGAUAAAAUAUUAGAAAAACUAUGUGCGCAUAGGAAUGUAACAUCUUUAGUUAGGGAUAAAUAAUCUGACAAAUUAUUGGUUGUAAGAAUUGUAAGAUUAUAAAAUUUAUAUAAUUGUUAGUGAUAUAACUGUUAUCAUAUAAAAUGGAAAAUUUUGUGUUGCGGUUCUAAUUCUAUACGAGACCUAAAUAUUCCACUAUCAUAAAAUUAUAACAGCAUACAUAUAGAGUUUGAAAAUGUAUUUUGUCAUAUCACCAAGAAGACACUGGUAAUUGAUUUUUAAAUAUUUAAUUAAAAUUAUCGAUCUUUAGAAACAACAUUAAAUUUAUAUUUUGAAACACCCAAAUGGCAAAAUUUUCUUUAAAUGGUUUUUGUGAAAAAUUAAUACUUUUUCGAGUUAACAUUUUAAUAAAGCAGGCGCACAUUAUUGAUUAUAUUAUAUGCGCCUUGAAAAUGUGAUUUUUAAGCUAGUAUUCAUGGUCUUUUUUAUUCUAAGCCUGUUGCAAUCUUAAGAUGUCAAACUAAUCACAGAGUCUUAACUAAUAAGGACUAUGAAUGUUAGUCAUAAAUAUGAUAUAUAUACAAUAAUUCAUGUACAUUGCACGGUACUUUAUUGUCUUAAAAUUAGAAAACAGAUAAUGAUAAUGAAUAACUACAUUUGGUUUAAUCUUAUCAUAUUACAAUCUUUUUUUGUUGCGUGGAUCUUAUGUAAAUUCUAUCAAAGCCUAAUGAUGUUUAUCAACUUUAUCAAUAUCCAUAGGGCAAUACACAUUUGUCUGAUUAUAUUUUUGUACUAUAAAAAAAUAAAUAAAAUGGAUGCAUUUUUAAAUGAUAA